UCUGUGUCAGAUCCUCCAAGGCAAGUCCUAAGAAGAGUUCUUGUUCUUCUAAAAAGACCCAUAUACUAUAUAGUAGAAGAUUUGUACAAAUUGUCAUAGCAAUCAUGGUACAGGUGGUUCUGGGCCCUGCCAUCUUGAUUGUGCUGUGCUGUUGUAUUCUGACAGUGACCCCCUUUACCGAAGAACAACUGCUAAGAGCAACAAACUUCAUAAGACAAGAAAAAACUGGGGGCUUAAAUAAUCAGUAUGCCUAUGUCGCUCUGUUUACGGUUGCCCAAUGCAGACAGCUUGCUGAUGCUGAUUUAAGGGAUGCUCUCAGACAAGAAGAUGCUGCAAACCUUGUGAUGACGGUUGCAGAUCAACAGAUAUACAGAGGAACCAAAAUGGUAGCAGCUUCAUACUUACAAAUAGAUAAUCAACACGCAGUGCAUGCAGAAGCUCGUCUUUUGAAUGGAGAAGGAAAUGCUCCAUCUCCAGUACAAGAUUUAAUAAACAGAAACGAGGAUAGAGGAUGUGUGUUGUUUUACACUUUGAAUUCACCCUGUACGGGACUUUGUGUCAGGAUUGGAGGGCAGUACAAUAUUCUAAAUAAACUUAAUGUCUUUGACAACAUCAACAACAGAGCUUUAGUUUACAAUGAUGUGUAUUUUGCUGAUCUUACAAGGAAGGAAGAUAUUGUUUGGGCAGCUUGGGCAGCGGUAAAUGCUAGAAUUGGUUUUUAUCGUUGUUUUAAUAAUCGCUGUGUCAGAUGUUUUAAAAACGGUACCCAAAAUAGUAAUUGUUAUUAUACCUGAUAAGUCAUCAAUGUUUUAAAAAGAUUUUUGAGCAGUAGUUCAACAUUUCAGGGCAGGUGUGGGAAAAAGAUCUACUGUGUUUUGGCAAGAUCAGUAAACAAGCGGAUCUCUGCCUAUUUUGGCUACCAGUCAGAUCAUACUGCAGUCCCACGAAGACCUGUGGGGCAAGAUCUGCAUUGCCAAUGCCAUUGCCUGUUUUUCAACUCUGUCCAGUAGCUAUCUUGCACUUCGUUUUCUGGGGAAUAGAAUCUGUGCUUAUAAACAGAUUAUGGUUUUUUUUUUACUUUUCCCCAGAAAAUUCGUCAAGAUCAUAAUUGAUUCCUGGGGCUUCAAGAAGAGCCAGAUAGUGGGAAAUUUGUGUGAUUUACCUUUACAAUCAUGGCACGGGUAUGUAUCCUAUAUCUGUGGUAUACAGGUGUUUGGAUGUUACAAUCCAAUAAGUGUGCAGCUCACCUGGUACCCUUGCAUACAUGUCCUACUCCAAGGAAUAUUAUGCAAAUUUACACCAUUCUUAUACAAUUAAAAUGCAUUUAUUUCAGUAGUUGGCACAAAGUUGUCACUGCAAUAAAAACAUUAUAUAUCUAUGGCAGUGCUGUCCAUUUCCAUGAUUUUCCAGGACAAUGGGAAAACUGCCAACAGCAUAUACAUAGGUGGAAGAUAGGUGGAAGAUGUGGAAUUCUCUCCCUGAAUCAGUGAUGUUAGCUGAUACACUAGAUAGCAUUAAGAAUGGGUUGGACAGUUCUUUAGCAAAUGAGGGAAUACAGGGUUAUGGAAGAUAGCUCACAGUAACAGUUGA